UCCAACAUGGCGGACAAGUUUCAAGAGUUUGCUGGUCGACUUGGAAAAGCUCCUAGAGGAGUUGGAACUGGCGCUAAGCUUUUAGCAGCAGCUGCUUUAGCUGCAUAUGGAAUCAAAGAAUCCAUUUUUACAGUGGAUGGUGGCCACAGAGCAAUCAUUUUCAGCAGAAUUGGAGGAGUUCAGAAGACUAUAUACACAGAAGGAUUACACUUUAGGAUUCCAUGGUUUCAAUACCCAAUUAUCUAUGAUAUUCGAUCAAGGCCUAGAAAAAUAGUUUCCCCUACAGGCAGCAAAGAUUUGCAGAUGGUGAAUAUUGGUCUCCGAGUUCUUGCACGUCCUGAAGCGAAUCAGCUUCCUACAUUAUACCAAAGACUUGGUCUUGAUUUUGAUGAAAGAGUACUCCCUUCAAUUAUGCAUGAGGUUUUGAAAAGUGUAGUUGCUCAGUUCAAUGCAUCACAACUCAUUACCAUGCGUCAACAAGUUAGUUUACUUAUCAGAAGACAACUUGUAGAGAGAGGAAAAGACUUUCAUAUCAUUCUAGAUGAUGUUUCUAUUACUGAUUUGAGCUUUGGCAAAGAAUACGAAAGAGCCAUUGAAUCUAAGCAAGUUGCUCAACAGGAAGCACAGAGAGCCCAGUUUGCUGUAGAGAAAGCAAGGCAAGAAMGACAGCAAAAGAUUGUACAAGCUGAAGGAGAAGCACAAGCUGCAAAACUGCUYGGYGAAGCAUUGAAAGAUAACCCUGGUUACCUUAAACUACGAAAAGUCCGUGCAGCUCAAAAGAUUGCYAGAACUAUCUCUCAGUCUGCUAACCCUGUCUAUUUGGAUGCCAAUGCUUUGAUGCUCAACCUSAGAGGAAAGGAUGAUGAUUUUGAUGACGUUGGGGCAAAGUCUGAAGAAGAGUAAAGAACCUCAUUUGUUGGUGAAAAGCAAAUGUUUAAUGUUAGGGAAUACAAGACUGUACACCAUGUAGAGAUGUAAUUCUGUCUGAAUGAGUAAUAAAUCAAAAGAACUUGCAAAA